AUGUCGGAUUCUGAAACAGAUCCAGAAGAUAGUAAUGUCAAUUAUAUUCCGUAUUCACAACGUCCAGAAUGGUCAGAUAUUGAGCCGUUGAAACAAAAUGAUGGACCAUAUUCGGUUGUUCGUAUUGCUUAUACAGAAAAAUUUUCUGAAACAUUUGAUUAUAUUCGUGCUUGUAUGCAAAAAGAUGAAAUGAGUCAACGUGCCUUAGAAUUAACAAAAGAUGCAUGUCAAUUAAAUCCAGCUAAUUAUACAGUAUGGUGUUAUAGACGAAAAUUAUUAUUUCAUUUAAAUAGUGAUUUAAAUGAAGAACUUAUUUUUAUUGGACAAUUAAUUAGAGAACAUCAAAAAAAUUAUCAAGUUUGGGAACAUCGUCGUCUUAUUGUUGAAAAAUCUCAAAUAUAUAAUAAUGAAUUACGUUUUACUAGUGAUUUACUUCGUCUUGAUUCAAAAAAUUAUCAUCCAUGGCAAUAUCGACAAUGGUUAUUAAAAACAUUUAAUUUAUGGUCAACAGAAUUAGAUUUUGUUAAUAAUAUGAUAAUUGAUGAUAUUAAAAAUAAUUCAGCAUGGAAUCAACGUUAUUUUGUUAUAUCACAAACAACAGGUUUUACUGAUGAUAUAAUUCUAAAAGAAUUAGAUUAUGUUAUGAAUAAAAUACGUUCUUAUCCUGAUAAUGAAAGUUCAUGGAAUUAUUUACGUGGUAUAGCAAGAUUACGAACAAUAAAUGAUGAUGGAAAAAUUGAACAAUUUUGUCAGCAGAUGUAUGAUGAAUAUCAACAAAAUGAAUGUCGAUUUCUCUAUGCGUAUAUGAUUGAAUUAAUCGAUUUAAAAUGUCAAGAAGAAGGAAAGAAACAAUCAGAAUGUAAUAGAUUAAUUGAAUUAUGUGAAAAACUUGCAUUACAUAUUGAUCCAAUUCGAAAACGUUAUUGGGAAAAUAUAAGAUCACGUUAUACAGAUAAACCGUUACCAAAUCAUACCAUCUCUGCUUCUGCUUCUUGA